AUGCCACCUAGGCGUGGGCUUUCAUCUAAGAAAAAAAAACAGCCUACUAGACCAUCUAUCAUUAAUUAUAGAAAGAACAUAGAGAAGGUUGUAUACAAAAAUAAAAAGAAGGUAGCAUAUGAUCAACCUAUCACUAAAUACAGACGAGUAGAAUAUGAUCAAACACCACAAAAAGUCAUAAUUAAAUUCAUGGAUGAUAACUUCUUAAUGGAUAAAAAUAUAGUGUUUGAAAAAAGCCAAGCUAUUGCUGAAGAAGAACAAAUUCCAGAUGUAGUCACUCAAUAUUAA